CUCGCUUCAAGUCAGCCGUCGCUUGCCCCCCCCAUCCCCACUCUCCCCACAGGCCACAAUUCCACAGCGUCAUUCACGACGGCUGAGACUGAAAUGGCCAGACCAAAGGCACAAGUCUGCAAUAUUGCCCGCCUCUUGAAAAGCGCUCGAGCCAGCACUCCGUCACAAACCUCUCGCGCGCCCAUUUGCGUCUCGGCACAUCCCAUCCCUACGUCUAGGGCCAGGCACGACGAUGCCUUUGCGUCGCCCAACGCCCACCCCGCCGCCAUCACCUUACCCAAGCACCAGCAUCAGCUGCGGCACAGGUUGAGCUCGACACCAGGCAGGGAACGCAAACCUUGAUGGUGGGGCCGGCCGCCGGGCAGCGCGCAAGACCGUCUCGCAGGCGCAGCUGAAGAAGAGUUGAAGGCGGCGGAGGAGGAACAACGAGAGCGGGAGGCGACGGAGGGGAGGACGAAGAGAGAGAGAGAGAGAGGAAGAAGGGUGGGAAAGUGAGACAGGUCGCCUCUGAAUGGCAGCUAUAUAGCUGCGCUCUCGCUUCCAUUCACUCCCCCAUCCAUCUUGAUCAAUUCACUAUGCGCCUUCUCCUC